GAAUAUUUCAUUCUCAAGUCCGCUUCUCUUUCUCUCUGCUGACACGCUCACUUCCCGAAGCAAACUCGUCACGCCUCAGCACUCAGCAUAGCCCCCACUCGUGUCACUAUUCCUCUCGAGCUCCGACACCCCCUCCUUUACCGUACAGAGAGACGUUAUAGUCUUCUGAUCCUCAAAAACAAGAACAAAAAUACCAACGUUACAAAACAAAAGCAUCAGCAGAAGCCAGUAAACAAGAAAGAAACACAGUGAAGUGAGGAGAGAGAGAGAGAGAGAGAGUGGGGGUGAAGGAGAAGCACUUAAGAAGAAGAAGAAGAAAUGGGAAUGUGGUUCAGACUCAUCUUUGCAUGUUCUUUGCUCUUGCUGCUUCUGGGUAUCUGCAGAGGAAGCAAAAUUGGAGUCUGCUAUGGAAGGAAUGCGGACGAUCUUCCCACCCCGGAUAAAGCGGUACAGCUUAUCCAACAACACAAUAUUAAGUAUGUGAGGAUAUAUGAUUCGAACAUCCAAGUUCUCAAGGCGUUUGCGAAUACUGGAAUUGAGCUCAUGAUCGGAAUUCCAAAUUCGGACUUGUUACCGUUUUCCCAAUUCCAAUCCAAUGCCGAUACGUGGUUGAAGAACAGCAUCCUUCCAUACUACCCCGCGACGAAAAUCACUUCUAUAACCGUCGGUGCUGAAGUCACAGAAGCCUCAAGCAAUGUAUCUGCCAUGGUAGUACCCGCAAUGAAGAACGUAUUCACAUCUCUACGAAAAGCCGGUCUCCACAAGAGGAUCAAGGUUUCGACUACGCAUUCCUUGGGCGUUUUAUCUCGAUCGUUCCCGCCUUCUGCCGGGGCUUUUAAUAGUAGCCAUGCUUAUUUCCUGAAACCCUUGUUGGAAUUCCUUGCUGAAAACCGGUCGCCUUUCUUGGUUAACAUAUAUCCAUACUAUGCGUAUAGAGAUUCCUCGACCAAUGUCUCCCUAGACUAUGCUCUAUUUGAGUCAUCCUCGGAGGUAAUUGAUCCCAAUACCGGUUUGCUAUACACAAAUAUGCUCGAUGCUCAGCUCGAUGCCAUCUACUAUGCUUUGAUGGCUCUGAAUUUUAGAACGAUUAAUAUCAUGGUGACGGAAACCGGCUGGCCUUCUAAAGGGUCCCCUAAAGAGACGGCUGCCACUCCAGAUAAUGCACAAACCUACAACACGAACUUGAUUCGACAUGUUAUUAAUAACACGGGUACCCCAGCGAAACCCGGGGAGGAUAUUGAUGUUUACAUCUUUUCGCUGUUCAAUGAGAAUAGGAAACCUGGUUUAGAAUCCGAGAGGAACUGGGGCUUGUUUUUCCCGGACCAAACGAGCGUCUACAACUUGGAUUUCACCGGGAAAGGGGCGGUGGAUGUUAGUACAGGUGCCAACCUCACUAGCUCGAAUGGAACGUGGUGCAUUGCUUCGUCGACAGCAUCUGAAGCUGAUUUGGAGAAUGCUUUGAAUUGGGCUUGUGGCUCUGGCAAUGUGGACUGCUCGGCCAUACAGCCUAGUCAGCCUUGCUUCGAGCCCGACAAUCUUGUUUCUCAUGCCUCGUUUGCGUUCAACAGUUACUACCAACAGAAUGGAGCUACGGAUGUCGCUUGCAGCUUUGGAGGAGUCGGUGUUAGAACGAAUAAGAACCCAAGCUACGACAACUGUCUCUACAUGACCACGGGGAGUAAAGCUGCUACUGCAGCUAGCAAUGCAACAGCCAGCCCGACAAGAGCAUCAUCAUCGUCAGCACGAAGAGUUUCUUUGCAUUCACUCGCGCCUUUUCUCCUUCUCUUCUUUAGCGUAGUCUUUUAUUAUUAAGGUAACAUCAUCCAGCAAAGCACCAUCCAUCCCCGGCCGCUACAUAUGUGUUAUGAAGCGAAAUUCAACUUCAGAUCGAGGUGUACGAGGUUUCAAUUGCAGGCAAUCUUGGCACAAUUUUGUACGAUGAACUGAACAUAGGUUCUUCCUAGGACAUGGUGGAACAGUUUCAUGCCAAGAUGUAGUAGAUGUAUCAUCUAUGAUUCUAUUCUAUUAAUUCAUGAAGCUCUCUAUUUCUGUAAAGAAUGAGCUCUGUCCAAUAUGUAUGUCUUGAUGAGAAGAAACAGACUGGAACUGUUGUGCAAAACCAGUGUGCUUUUGUGGCAUAAAAAACUUUUUGGUUUUUUUCUUCA